UGGAUGACUGCGCAAGUCGGACACAGGAGCAUGUACUCCGUUGAGAGGCUACACGCUCUGGAUAGCUAUUGCCACAAGGCGUCUCGGCUUCGAGUUAUCAUGGUGUGCAUACUUACUCCAGUUCCAGCCCUGUUGACGAUGAUAGUAUACGAAAUGAUCCCACUCCAAGACCCAACUGCAGGCUGGAAGGCGAACUACGGUACUUGGUUGCGUUAUGCGUUUCUUACCUUCAUGAUCGCGCUUGGUUUGACGUUCCAAGUGAAGGGCAUGAGUCUGGGGAUUUCUAUCGCGCUGUGGCAAUGUAUCACGAUCUCAUCGCUCACUUCCGCGUGCUUCGUGGCGGUCUCACUACUGAUUGCGAGCUCGUGGACAUUUCCGAUUCCUUUCAGUUUCCUGCUCACUCUUCCCCACUUCGUGUUCUUUUUAGUGUUUUGGACUUUCGUAAUUGUCGGUCGGCAAUGGAUCACCACCACUACAACAAAGUUAUCGCAAAAAUUCCAGCGCUAUGUGAUGGUGGCAACUUUCCCGAGCUUCCUCGCGAUGGCGUACAUUGUGCUGAUAGCUGCGUUCUCCACCCUGUCAGAAUACGGACAAAUCGCCACUGUCCUGCUGUUGCCAUUCGUUAAAUUAUUUUUGAAGAAUUUUAUGGCGUGGGUGUCUGCACGUCUAGAAGAGGGGGUGGCAGGGAUCGUCGUGUUUUCCGUGGAGUUAGCGCACGCGUUGUUCGUGACCACGUGCAUGCAGUCUGCCAGGUCGUUGAUUGCAUCGGUCGUGAUCAUAAGUUUCGACGCGAUGCACUCAAUA